CACGGAGCAGCUGGCAAGAUGGCGCCCGGGGUCAGGGGUGUGCGGGGGCUACCGGGGUUUUGAGCCCAACAGGAAAUUGCACCGUCCCCGGGAGCCCUAGCCCAUAGCUUUUCAAACGUUUGUGCCGGAGCCUACUUGGCACAAUGUGGAACUGGUACUCCGGAGAUGAGACUGGCCCUGCUGGUGGGGCCAUGCCCAGCCAGGAGCACCCGGGCACCAUGUCAGUUACGGAUCUAACGGAGCAGUUGGCACAGACAGAACAGCUGGUGGUGCAGCUGAAAGACCUAAUCAGAGAGAAGGACAAUGAGCUGCGCAAGAAGGAUGAGCGACUGAAGGAAGAGAAGGAAACUGUAGAAUCCAGAAUAUCUAAAGCAAAGCUCCAGAAUAAAGCUAAGAUCGCAUCUCUGACGUCACAGCUGGAAGAGCUAAAGAAACAACUGUCAUCGGCCAAUGUAAAAGCCAACAAACCUGAGCACAAGAAGGCAUCUGGGGACGGAGAUCAAGAGAGUGCUUCAGCAAACCGCGGAAAAAUUCUUGUGUUGAGAAAACGAGUAGAGGAAUUAGAAACUCAGCUGUCCCUUAAAAAUGAGGAUUUACUGAGGAAGGAAGCCGAACUGGAGACCCAGCGACUACGCGGCUCAGAGAUGGAUGCCAUGCUUGCUGAGAAGGAGAAGAAACUGGCUGAGAAAGAGGCUUAUAUAAUUGAAUUGCAAGUUUCGAGUGGGGCUAAUCUGUACAAGGACAGGGGCAGUUUGGACACACAGGUGACUCAGAGGGACGGCACUCACGAGGACCUUCAGCUUCUGAUGAAGAAUCUCACCAGGAAGGUGGAGGAGAGCGAGGAAAGGUGCAGCCUCCUGCAGGAGCAAGCUGACAGCCUGAAGAGCCUUUUACAGAAGGAGAGAAGCCAUUUCCAGGAAAGAGAGGCUAUGUAUAUGGAAAAUAUUCGCGUGUUUCAAGGCAUAACCCAGGAUAAAGAAAAGGAGCUGCAAGAACAAUCGCAGAAGCACGAACAGGAGCUGUUUAAAUUACUGGCAAAGUCUGACGCCAGCGCCGACCUGCAUCAGUUGCUUAAAGCCCUAAAGCAGAAACUGCACGAGGAGGAGGAGGUGCUUCUGGGAAAGAACCAGGUUAUUGGUGUUCUGCAGGCAGAGCUGGAUCACAAAGACCAGCAGCUGAAGGAAAUGAGUGAGCAGAGUAAACGCCUCCAGUCUGAGAGGGAGAACCUUCAGUCUAAACUGGAUGCAGAGAAACACGUUAUGAGAGCGCAGCUCCGAGACCUGAUGGAGAAGCAUGAGACUGAGCUGCAUGCCGUGCGUGAGAAGCACGAGCUGGAGGUGCAGGAGAAGUGUCAGACUGUGCUUGAGCUGCAGAAACAGCUUCAGAAUAAUAAAGGCAGCGCAAUGGAGGCCCCCACAGGAUAUGACCAGGAGACACAGGUUGAGGUGCAGAGACUGCAAGAUGAACUCAAGUUGAAGACAGAAGAGGCAAGUAAAUCUGAAGCAAAGUUCCUUAAAAUGAAGGCUUGGUCAAAGUCCAGAAUCAGACAACUGGAGGAAGAACUGAAAACUCUUGAAGAUAAAAACAUCUCAUUGAGCAGUAGAGUUUCAGAGCUAGAGCACGAGAAGCAAGAUCUGGAGGAGAAGCUGAGCUCUUUGUCAGAGCUGCGGUCACUUAAUGAACAACUCCUGACCAAACUUGUGCACUACGAAGAGCAACAGAGGAAGAUGCAAGCAGAUCUGGAACAGGUGGCACACAGAACGGAUUCUCAGACUAGCGAGUCCGGCAGUGUAGACGAACUGCACCACCAGCUUCUAGAGUGGAAUGAAAUGAACCCAGAGACGGAGGGAACACACGUGGCAAGUCAGGAAGAGAAGGUUGUCCUUGCCAUGAGGAUGGCACAGAUGGAAGAGGACAGAGAAGCCAUGGACUCAGGGCAGCAGGAGUUGGAGGAGGAGCUGAGUGGCGCUCGAGGAGUGGGCAGACUGCGUCAGCCAAGACGGAAAGGAAGCAAGGGAGCUGCAAAGCUGCAGGAUGAAUUUGACUUUAACAGCAAGAGCUUUGAAGAUCAGAACGUCACUUUGGACAGCAUUGACUCUGCCAAUGGCGAAAACAUGGGAGGUUGGUGGCCUGAAAACAGUUCUCCUAAUUCAGGUCUGCGGAUAGUGGUGGAGGAACUUGAGCUAGAGAGGAACCAACUGCAGGACCAGAUUAUGACUUUGGAGGAGCGGUGCAGAGAGCUGGAGGAACGGGUGCAGCUGCAGGCCAGGAUCGAGUCACUGCAGGUAACUUUUGAUGUAGAUGAAGAAGCUGAGUCACUGAAAUUUGUUCAGAGUGAAAACGAGAGGUUACAGUCACAGCUGCUACAGCUCCGCCAGCUACAUAGUCGUGAGGCUGACCAACAUUACGAUCUCACAUCCACCUUAAACCAGCAACUUAAAAGUUUAACCGACAGAAACGCAUUUCUUGAAAGUGCAAUUUUGGAGAAGGAGCAGCUGAUGUUGGAAGCAACAGGAAAAGCGGAACAAGUCGGAAUCUUACAGAAGUCUCUGCAGGAAAGGGAGACUUGCAAUAAGGAAGUGCGUGAGAAGCUCGAUCUGAGUGAGCAGAAGGUUGAUGAGUACAAAAAGAGACAGACGGUUAUUGAAGCUGAAAACGUUUCUCUUAAAGUGGCUAAUGAAGAGAUGGAAAUAAAGUUGUCUGCAUAUAAAGAGAGGGUGGUGAGCCAAGAGAAUGCAGUGGAAAAAUUGCAGCUGGAACUUGAGCAGACAAAUGAGGAACUUGAUAAACUUAACAGCUGCCACCUGGAGGAACGUUCGCAGCUUAUUUACGACCUGCAGCGAUGUGAGCGAGAAGUGGACGUGCUGAAGGAAGCAUUACAGGAAAAGGACAAAGAAAUGUCCUCUUUGUCAGCCAGCCUGAUGGAAUAUACAGAGCAAGCACUGCUUCUGAAGGAGCAGAUUUACUCUAAAGAGCAUCAAAUGAGAGAAAUGGGUGAAGCUUUAGCAAAAGCUGAGCGAGAGUGUCACCUUUUAAGAGAGGCACAGUCUGCAGACAUCCAGGAGACCAGCGCCCAGAUUACCUCCCUUUCUGAGCAGCUUCAUGAGGCCAACAUAGAAUUAAAUAAAGCAAAAUAUAUAACUGAGACCAAAACCAAACAGGCAGAGGAACUAAUUGGACAAAUAAAUGAGAAUGAUGUAACAAUUAAUAAUCUUGGUUUGGAGGUUCAGGCACAGUCAGUUACUCACAGUAAUCACAUUAUGGAGUGUUCCGCACAAAUUGCAUCACUUAAAGAGCAGGUUAAUACAUAUGUUGCUAAAUGUGAGGCGGUGGAAACAAAUUACAAAAAGGAAAUUGAGUGCUUAAAAUCACAAUUAGAAAGAGAGGAUUCCGAGAGAACACGGCUGGCCAGAUUGCUUGAAGAAAAAAACAACCAAGAACAAAGGUUUGAAAACGAACUGAAGUUGGCAAAAGAGCAGUACAACCAGGUAAUUUCCGGCAUCUCAAAGAAAGAUGAAGAUUUUAAAAAGUUGUCGAAACAGUUUGUUGAACAAAAAGAGGAGCUAAGCCGGGAACUGCAAAUCAAAGAGCAUGAUCUAUCAUUGGUACAGAAAAGACUUGAAACAGUGAUACAUGACAGUGAGGGAAAAAUAAAAACUCUGCAAGAAAACACAGAAGAACUUAAGCAGCGAUUGAGAGAAAAAUCUGAAGUAAUUAACAAAAUAGAUGCUGAGCAGAAUGUGCUUUUGGAAAAAAAUAAACUGCUGGAAACAACUAUUAGUGAAAUAAACCACAGUAUAGAUCAUCUGGAGGGUCAGAGACAGCUCUUGUGCACUGAGAAAGAUCAAUUAGUGAAGGAGCUGAGCAAUAAGGAAUCGGAAAUAUCCUCGCUGAACCAGGAGCUGCAGGAAAUAGAGAGAAAACUCACUGACAAGGAAUCGGAAAUAACAUUACUGAACCAGGUACUACAGGAAGGCCAGAGCAAAAUUACGGAGAAAGAAUUAGAAAUGUCAUCUCUGAACCAGACUUUACAGGAAGCAAAGGGCAAAAUUACAGACAAAAAAUCGGAAAUAUCAUCGCUGAACCAGGCACUGCAGGAAGCACAUAGCAAAAUUACGGUGAAGGAAUCGGAAAUAUCAUCACUGAACCAGGCACUACAGGAAGCACAGAACAAAAUUACAGACAAAAAAUCGGAAAUAUCAUCACUGAACCAGGAACUGCAGGAAGCACAGAACAAAAUUACGGAGAAGGAAUCGAAAAUAUUAUCGCUGACCCAGGCACUACAGGAAGCACAGAGCAAAAUUACAGAGAAGGAAUCUGAAAUAUCUUCACUUAACCAGGUACUGCAGGAAGCACAGAGUAAAAAAACUGGAAAGGAAUCGGAAGUAUUAUUGCUGAAACAGACACUGCAGGAAGCACAUAGCAAAAUCACCGAAAAGGAAUCUGAAAUUUCAUCUGUAAACCAGAAGCUAGCUGAAGCACAGGGAAAAAUGAUUGAAAAGGAAAAUAAAAAUUCAUUGUUGAACCAGACACUGCAAGAAGUACAUAGAAAAAUGACAGAUGUUGCACAACAACUAACAAAAGAGCAGGAAACGGGUUCUAAGCUUCAGCUUGAGAAAGAGGAAUUGCGAGAAAAGGUGGAACAGCUUUCGAUGCAGAGCUUGCAGAAAGACAGGGCUGUCAAUGAACAAUUGGAAGAGAGAGUAAAGGAAUGCCUCAACUUAAGGAAAACUCUUAAAGAGGAACAGGAGGCAUCACACAGUUUGCAGAAAGAGAUUCGGUCUCUGGAAAACCAAAUAAAGGAACAUCAGCAAAAGGUUUCUGAGAAAGAUGCUGAACUUGAAGUGCGUUCCGCAGAGUAUCAUGUAGUGUGUGAGGAUCUAAGUCAAAAUAAAGAGGCAAACUCAGUUUUUCAAAAAGAAAUAGAAAAAUUGUCCAAAGAAAUGGAAGAGAUGAGGCAGGAACUUUAUAUAAAGCGCUCUACAAUUGAUGAGCUUCAAACAGAGACAGACUUGCUAAAGCAACACACAGACACAUUAAAAGUAGACAAUACACAACUGAGUUCCAGUAUUGAGCUCAUGAACAAAGCGUUGUCCAGUAAGGCAGAUGAAAUCAAUACACUGAGCUCACAUCUGUCCCAGCAGGGGCACACAAUACUGUCACUGAAGGAUCACAUUGACACAUUACUUGCAGAAAAACAAACACUAAUUCUAAAUGUUGAAGAGCGAGACCUGCUUCUGCACCAGAAAAAAGAGCUGCUCCAGGAAAUGCAGAAGAAGUUGGAAGGGGAAGGCCUUUGUCUUCAGACUUUGCAGAACCAGCUACAGAGUUUGGCUUCUGAGAAGAGUCAGCUGCAGCAGCUAAUUGAGGACAAAGAGAUAGAAAUGAAGCGGGCCAGCCAAGAGAUGAAGCUGUACCGAGACAAGAGCGAGGAGGCAGAGUUGUUGAGGAUGCAGUUAUCUGAACACAUGGUGCUUAUUGCUGAGCUUCAAGGCCAAGCUAAAAACCUCAGUGAGAAUAUAGCAGAAUUAAAACACAAUCUAGCAGAAAAAGAUACAUUUUUAAAACAAAAGGUUGAUGACUAUACACAUUUAAAUGCUCACUUUUCUGAAGCACAAGUCUCAUUGGAUACACAGAGAAAGCAGAUAGACAGCUUGAUACUUGAAAAUGAACAGUGCAAGUCUGCUAUAAAUGAGGGGGAGUUGGCUCGAAAACAGCUAGCAUUAGCCUACGAAGAGAUCACACAAAAAGCGCAGGUUAAAGAGGGUCAGUGUGAAGCCUUAAUGCAACAGGUAACCCAUUUACAAGAAAUUAAUACAAAUCUGAACAGUGAACUGAAUGAUUUAAAGAACUUUGUUAAAGCAAAUGAAAGUUCAUUGUCUGAGAAGGAGACACUAAUGAUCUCACAAUUAGAAGAGAGGUCAUUUUUGGUCUCCAGUCUCCAAGACAGAGUCCAGGGACUGACUAGUGCAAUAAAAAGCCUUGAACAUUCAUUAACAGAAAAGGAAAUGACAAUAAGUAAUUUACAGGAGAAAUAUGCUUCGCUAUAUGAACGUAAUCAUGAGCGUGAACAAUCCUUCAUCAAGAAGGAUGAAGAGAUUUCAAAACUACUUGCUGUUGCUAGUGAAAAAGAUGUCUGCCUUCAGGUAUCAGAGAGCAGUAUCCAAGCUCUCACCAGUGAAGCUUGUCAUCUCAGAGAAGAACUAGAGAAUAGUGUUUCUAAUUUAAAUAAUAUAUCUGAGGUUCUCAAAGAGAAAGACCAUGUUAUAUCUAUAAAUCAGCAAUCUCUCCAAGCCAUGAGAACUGAGCUAGAUGCUUUGAAGGUAGACAAUGAGACAGCUGUGAUCGAACUGAGAGCAAGAACACAAGAGAUAGAGCAGAAGGAAGUAUCACUACAAAGUAUGCUGGGUAAAUGCAGCUCUCAUGCCCAGCUCAUUGUCAGUCUGCAGUCUGAAAUAGAUCAUUUAAAUUCUAAGUUGCUCCAGGAUCAACAGGACCACACACUUCAUGAGGAGCAACUUCAGCUUAUGUUGGAAAACAUUAGGAAAGAGAAGGUACUUGUGGAAGAAGCAUUGGAGGAAUUACGCCAAGAAAAUGAGAACUCAAUAAGUGUGCUGCAGAAUGGGAUAACAGAAAAAGCAGAGCAUGUUAAAGAACUGGAAGGAAAACUUAAUCAUCAACUGAAAGAGUGUGAAGCACAAAUACUUAAUCUGAAGACCGAAAAUGCUGAUCUCCAAAAGCAGGUUAGUGGCAAAGCUGAAGAAAUCUGUGAAUUAAACCUGAUCUUAGAAAAGUGUAAGCAAGAUUUUAGCAAUCUGCAGCAGAAAUCAGAACAGGAUUGUCAUAGUGUUAUUGAGCAAAAUGACAAGCUUACUAAACUUAGCAGCCAUUUAGAAAAGGAAGUACAAUUAAAAGAGAACAAUAUUCAGUCUUUGCUUAAAGACUUGCAUUUUGUAGAGGAGCAGCUGAGGGUAUUGUGUGAUGAGAAGUUGACAGAAUAUGCAACAGUUGAUACCCAGGCAGAUUACAGAAGUAACAGAGAGAAGUUUUUUUCCAUGUUCUCUGUAGCUUUUACUCAGAAGUCUAGCAUGGCUGAUUUCACACAAACUCUUGUAGCAAAAGAGAAGGAUAUAGCUGAGAAGUUGCAGUUAAUGAUAUCUUUUCAGAAUGAAAACGCAUCUUUACACACUGAUCUUCAGAAGAUUAAACAGGAUUAUAACUUGGAACGACAGGCUCUGGUGGAACAAGUAGCUGAAAAGGACAAUACUUUAGCUAAAAUAAAUGCAAUGCUUUUACAGCUACAGGAGGAAACUCAUCUGGCCAAAAAUGAGCUGGGAAUGAGCCAAAGUACACUAGAAGAGGAAAGAAAUAGGGUGGUAGAGCUCCUAGAGGGGGAGAAGAGGCAAAAUUCACUAAUGCAAAACCUGAAUGUGCAACUCAACCAGCAGAAAGAACUAAUUUCUGCACUCACUGAUCAGAUGAAAGACAAAGAUGCUUCUCUAACACAGAUCAUGCAGUCCAUGUCCAGUGAAAUACUUAAAUUUUCUGAAGAACGUACCAUAUUGAACUCAGAACUGGAGUCUUCUAAAAGUUCCUUGUUAUCAAAAAUAAGUGACCUCUCUGUCGAACUUGAAGAGAGUAAAACAGAAGUGCAGAAGUAUCAGAAAUUAUUGACUGAGAAAGAGGAUCUGGUAGUUAAUUUAGAGAGUGAGAAAGGCCUCAUGCAGCUUCAACUAGAGAAGUUUAGCAAAGAAAAGGAAAAUCUAAAAAGGAAGCUGCAAGCAGCCUUGGUUGUUCGUAAAGACUUAAUGCAAAAAUUUGAAAAACUUGAAGUGAGCAAACAAGAAGACAUACAAAGUGAAAGACUUAAAACCGCAGAAGUGAAAAGAGUUGCAGAUGAGUUAUCCUGCAAAUUACAGACUGUUCAAAAUCAGUAUGAUGAGCUUGAGCAUCACAUGCAACUUAUUAAGAAAGAGCUACUUGAGAGAGAGCAAAGAAUUAACAAAUCAGAUGUUGCUUUUAGCGAUAAGGAACGUCUUGUGGAAGAGCUACAGAGCAAACUCUUGCAAUUGCAACACAGCCUGUCCCAGAAAGAGGACCUCUGUCAGGAACAUGUAAAUUCCAUUCAGGAAAAGGAACUGCAUUUUCAGCAAAUUAAAGUCUCCUUGAGUGAGAGAAUUAAUGUUUUACAGGAAGAAAAUUCCCAGUUGCUGGGAAAAAUUGAAAACAUGAAAUCUGAUUUCGAAAAAAUACAAGAGAAACAAGUAAGUUUAGAACCUGGUUACUAUGUUAUGGAACAUUUAAGGAGUAGUUCUAGAGAUGGAGAGGAAAGUGUAAUUGUGCACAAUAAUGUUCAUGCAUCCCUGUUGUGCAACAAUGGAAAUGCAGAAACGACAGAGAGAGCUGACCGUGCUGCUCUACUAGGAACUAUUGGAGAAGAAAAUGAUUUGUUACAGGAGGAGCAUUCAGAUAUUCUUGCUGCUAAUGAAGAGAAAUGCAAAAAAUGUGACCAAAGCCUGCAACAAGUGCAUGUCUUGCAGGAAGAGGUGCAAGCACAGAAGAAACUACUGCAGGAGAAAGCACUGUUGCUAAGCAGCAGAGACCUGAAACUGGAAGGACAGAAGGCGAAAAUGGAAGAAAUUUUGAAUGAGCUACAGCAAAUGAAGCAAGAUGAGGUUAUGACUUUAGAUAUGAAAUCACUUGUCCAAGAAAAGGAAGCACAGCUGGUACAGUUAAACUCUGCACUCACAGACUCCAUAGGUGAAAUACAAGUUCUAAAGGGAGAAAUACAGAAACUGACUGGGGAACUUGAAAGGAAACAAGAGGAAACAGCUGGCAUAAAAAGCACUUUGGGCCAGCUCGACCAAUGUCGGAAGGAUAAAGAAAUGAUGGAGGCACAGAUAAGUUUGUUGCAGACAAAGAUAGAAACAGUCACAGCAGAACUUGAAAGCUUCAAACAAAUUGAGCAACAAAUAAGCCAUGACAAGGAGACCUAUGUUGAAGCUCAAAGAAUAAAUCAGGUAGAAACUGAAAAACUUAAACAUGAACUUGGAGCAGUAAACUUUUCAUUAUUAGAAAAAAACAAUGAAAUUGCUCAUCUGCAAGCUUCAUUGGAGACUAUUAGCAAAUUGUCAGAGGAAGAAAGUCAAAAACUGCAAAACAAACUAGACGAGACUCAGAAAGAAGCAGAAAAACUUAAGAUCAUGUUUAACCAGAUGGAAGAAGAAAUGCAUAAGAAUACGGGCAAACUGGAAAAAGCCAAUAUUGAAAUCUCAAAUCUGCAAAUGAAGUUAGAGGAUUCCUACAUAGAGGAUGUAGAACUACAGUUUAGCACCAAAACUGAUGACAAAGUGAUAGAAAGUCUUCAGGCUACAAAUAGUCAAAUAAUCACAAGGUGUGAAGAAUGUUUAAGAAAAGAAAACUGUAUAGAGGAUCUUGAGAAAAAGGUUAUGAGGCACACCCAAAAUUUACAAGAACUGACAGACACACAAAAUAAGAAUACAAUAGAACAGGAAAGCAGAAGAUCAGAAGAAAUUAGCUUCAGGGAGCAACUGCAGAGAAAAUUGCAGGCUGCUCUUCUGUCGCGAAAAGACAUAAUGAAAGAAAACAAAGCCCUAAAACAGAAAGUUGAGGCCUUAAACUUGGAAAGAGAUGACUUGAAACGUUUGAUAGCUGACCUACAAGAACAGAAACAUUAUGAAAUAUCUUCCUUAAGUCAAAAGACAGAAGACCUGCAGGCUGAAAACACAAGGCUUUUAGUGGUCAAUGAAAAUCUCUCUGCAGCCUGUGAAAGUCUUAAGUCUACAAUGGAAAAUAUUGUACAGGAAAAAGAAGCCUUUUCCUUCCAGUUAAAUUCUCUAAAGGAUUCUCAGACAGAUGAAUUAUCUGGAUGGAAAGCUAAACAUGGUGAGCUGAACAAGGAGUAUGAGUCCCUUUUGCAAGCAUAUGAGAACAUAACUGAUGAAAUUGAUAAAAUGAGACAAGUUAUAGAAGUAACCAAAAAGGAGAAAUAUGAGACUUUGCAGAAUUUCCAGAAAUUACAAUCUGAAAACCACAUGCUUGGAAAACAGAUUCGAGAGAUUAAUGAAGAGUGUAACAAUCUGAGGAAAACAAUGGAAUUUAAGGAACAAGAGACACAAGUUUUACAAAAUAAAACUGAGAAAUUAACUGGAUUGUUACAAGCAUCCAAGACAGAAGAGUAUCGCCUGGGGGAAACAUCUUGUCAAAAUAGUCAGCUGAUAGAUGAAAAUAAGCAAUUAAAAGAAACUUGUGAAAGUCUGAAACUUUUGUUGGAAAAGGAGAAGGAAAACUAUGACCUUCUUAUAAAUAAAAUAGUGAAAGACCACAAGGUUGACAUGGAGAAAUUAAAAAUUGACACUGAUAGACAAAUGUCCCAGCUGCAGUCUGAAAAUGAGGUUUUGUGUAUAAAGCUUGCAGACUUAAGUAAAGAGCUUAAUGAUAGCAAGCAACAUUUGGUUGAGUCCACUACCAAAACAUCUAAAACCCUAGAAAAACUCAACAACAUGGAACUGAACUUAGAACAGGAAAAGUUAGCUAGGGAAAGUGACCUAAACAAGAUUAGUUUAGAAAACAUGACACUCAAUGAAAAGGUGAAAAUCUUGGAGGAUGACAAAUCUCUUCUGAUGGAGGAAGUUGAAAAUAUUCAGGAUCAGAUGUUCCAGCUGAGGAAUGAGAGAGACAGUUUGGAAACUGAAUUUCUAAAUGCUGCAAAGAAAAAUGAUGAAUUGAUUGAAACGUUUAAGUCUUUACAGGCACAAACAAAUUAUCUUAGUCAACAAGUUGAGUGUCUAAGGGCAGAAAAAGGCAUCAUCAUAAGAGAGAGAGAAAAUGAACAGCUGCAGCUUCUACGUGAGUUUGAGGAGAGAGUACGAUGUGCUCAGAAAGACAGUAGUGGGAAGAAAAGUCAGUCCAAAGAACUUCAGGAACUUCUGAAAGAAAAACAACUGGAAAUAAAUCAACUGCAGAAAGACUCUAUCAAAUUUCAGGAGCUUAUUUUGGAUCUUGAGGGCUCACUGAAGGAUUCUAGUAGCCAGAAUGUCUUUCUUCAGGAAGAGUUUACAAAGACUCAAAAUGAGGUUCUGAGCCUAACCAAGGAACUCUCCUCCAAUAGGAGUUUGUUGGAGAAGGCAGAAGGUCGGAUAACGAAGCUCACUGUCGAGGUUAGAAGUCUGGGAUCAGAACCUGGAGAAAGAGCUGAGAAACCACUAAGUAAAAAGCAAGCAGACUUUGUCAACUUGUCUUCCACAUCUUUAGAGGAUACAAGAGAGGUGAAUAGCAUAACUGCCAGCAGAUCACCGGAGCUUGUAUCUGCCCAUUUCAGAGAAGACAAUCAGUUGUUACAGUUGGAACACCAGCAUCCUAAACUAGGUUUUCAAAAAGACAAUGGAUUAGAUAACAAAGUGAAUGCUUUACAAAAGGAUGUUGCACAAAAUGAACAAAAACUGCAACAACUUAUGCUGGAAAAAGAGAGGUUCAAAGCAGAUUUAGAAAAACAGCUAACUUUAUCUCAGAACAUGAAAAAAAUUAUUGACAACAAAGACAAAGAAAUUUCUGAGCUUAUAUCGACCAAAGAUGGAGAAAUAUCUGGUUAUAUAGCACAAGUUCAGCAGCAGUACAGGAAACAGGUUGAAGACUUUGAACUUCAGGUUAGGUCCUUCAAAGUGCAGAUAGCAAGAUCUGAUGAAGAAUGCCAAAAGAAAGAAAAUGAACUGAAAGAUCUUCAAGUACAGUAUGAAAAAGCCAUAAAUGAUAAAAAUCAUAUUUCUAAUGAAAUUCAGACAUUUAGAAAGUGUAUGUCUUCUCUUCAGACUGACAGAGACCUGCUUUCUUCUGAGUUAAAGAACAUGCACAUUCAACAUGACAUUGCCCUAAGCCAGAGAGACAAUGUCAUACUUACUACAACAAGUGAAAAUGAGAACUUGAAGAAAGAGCUCAAAAAUCUUUUGAACCAACUAGAUGACUUUAAUGCUGAAAAUGCGAUGCUAGGAGCACAGCUAGUUCGCUACAGGGAAGACCUGAACCAGGUCUUAUCACUGAAAGACCAUCAGCUAAAGGAAUUAAUAAGGCAAAAACUGGACCAUAUAAAGAGCUUAGAAGAAGAAAAACGUAAUUUGCAGAAAGAAAACAAAGACCUAAAAAAUCUUAACAAUAUGCAGAAGCACGCUACUGAAGCUGUCGAACUGGAGAAUAAAAAAUUAACCUCUAAAGUAAGAGAUCAGGAGUUACUGAUAGCCGAAAUAAACAAAGAGAAAAUCCUUCGUGAUUCUAGGAAAGAUGUUUCUGAUAAAAAUGUAACUGUCAGCCCAGUAGAAGAAUAUAAUCUAAACAUGACAGCUGUGGAGCCUGAUGUUGGACUCUUGAAAAAAGAGCUUAACUCUGUGAAAAUGCCUGAAAAACCAUACUGGGAUAUUUACAAUGAGAACAAACAACUUGCCUCUCAAAAUGAAACGUUUGGGAAAGCCAUGGCUGCCCUCCAAAAUGACAGAGAUUCUUUAAUAGAAGACUUCAAAGAGCUGCAGUCUAGAUAUGCAUCUGAGCUCAGAGCUGAAACCAUAAGAGCUGACGAUUUACAGAGGCAGCUGGAAGACUUUAAAUCUCAAGUGUACAGCUUGCUAAAGACAAAUUCUUUCCUCAGUCAGACACUGCUUGCUGGUGAGCAUCAGAUCACAUUAGAUCAGCUCAGUGCCGAGAUUCAAUCUUUGUGUGUGGCUCUAACAACGCGAAGCACAGAGGUCUCCCGGCUCUCAUCUGAAUGUGGCAGUUACUCUCAGCAGAUCAGUGCUUUCUCUAAGUCUAUGGCCAGUCUGCAGCAUGAGAGAGAACGGUUACUGCAGCAACUGCGGGAUGCAAAGCAAGUCACAGUGCCAUCUGGUGACCCACUCGAGAAGGCAGAACCACAGUACCUGAGUAUGACUCGGUCAGACACCACUGCUGAUUCUGUGACCUUGGUAUCGGACUUCAACUAUGCUGCAGAAUUAUUAAAAUUAAGAAGCAAGGUGUCAGAGCUGGAGGGCUUGUUACAAGACGCAAAAACACUUCAGGAGGCUGCCGAGCGAGAGACCAGCUCAUAUCAGUGCGAACUGGCCGAGCUCAGAUCUGAGAAGAACCUUUUGGUUGCUGAAGCACAAGCUCUUCGUCUUCAGUUCAAUGCCAGCCUUGCAGAGAAGGAACAUCAGAUUGCCGAAUUACACAAAACUCAUCAGGAAUCAGCAGCUGUCACUAGUUCAUAUUUCAGCACCAAGAAUCUGGAGAGAGCUGCAUUAGCUGCAAGUCCUGCUGUACCACAGAAAGCGGAAUCAGGUGCUGUAAAGAGUGAAGCUCAGCGACUCGUUCAUGAGAUUCAUCAGAGAGACCUAAUCAUACAGCAGCUGAGUGCUAAGGCCAGGGACUCCAUAGAGAUGAAUGCGGCACUGUCUGCUCAGCUAAAAACUGUAUCACAAGGACUGAGGGACACUCAGAUGAGAUACAGUGACCUGCAAAGGGACUGCCAGGACGCCAAGAGGCGUGGCACUCUAGCCGAGGUUCCCCCCGGUGCCCCCCAGGAACGAGACAUUCUUGUGGAUAUAGACAGUACAGAGCUUAUGGACUUAAGGAGAAGACUUGCCGAGACUGAACUGAGUUAUGACGCCAUUCAACAAGAGUUGUCGUUGCUAUCAGAGAGGCUAACAUGCGAGAAGACACGUAGGGAGGCUGCAGAGGAGGCUUUGAUGCUUGCAGAGCAGCAGAGCAAAAGACUUGAAACCAGCCCUUUAUCCAGGGAAUACGAGUUCUCUCUCCAGAUGGAGUCAGACGAUGAGCGGGAAGCUUUAAUAAUUGAUCCAACCCAACAUGUUGUUGUACGAAAGAUGCGAGGAGGAGCCCUAGCUCUGCGUCAGUGGUUACGUGGUCGAAGCCUGUACUGCUCCAGGCUCCUGACCUCCCGGGGGAAGUCACGUUACAUGUUCUUCACAUACCUGCUGCUGCUGCAUGCUUUGGUCCUUAUGUGCUUGACUGGUGUCCUGUGACAGUUUGCCCGAGUCUAAUCUGACAGUCACAGCAAUAUUUUACAAUCCUUUAUAACUCCAACAUAAUUAUCAGUGUGUGCUGGGCUGUUACUGGAUAAUACUCGUCCACGUGGUUUUCAUCCACCUGUUUAACCUUAUUGCUGCAUACAUUAUAUAAUCAUGUACAUAGAGAAACAGGUCACGCAUUCAACACGGGGUAGUCACAUCAUGACAAGUAUUAUUUAAGCCCAUGUUUAGGCCCUGUCUAAGAAAACAGUAAAAGCUGUAUGACAGUAAUCAAAUUAUCAAAGGGUUUGUAUUCAGUGUUUCAUACAUAUACACUUGUGUGUGUGCAAGCAGUAACAGUUAAUUAUAUGAACAUUGAUAACGUUAGGGCAGCUCAUUUGAUAACUACUGAGUACUACUAGAUUGUUAUAAAAUUGUAUAAGCAGACUGAGGAAUAAGGAAGCUGAGAGAUAUGUACUCUGUCACUACAGUAUACAGUGUAUGUAUGUGUGUGUAUAUGUAUGUGUGUGUGUGUGCAUAUAUAUGUAUAUGUGUGUGUGUAUAUAUAUAUAUAUAUAUAUGUGUGUGUGUGCAUAUGUAUGUAUAUGUGUAUAUAUAUAUAUAUAUAUAUAUAUAUAUAUAUGUGUGUGUGUGUGUGUAUGUGUAUAUAUAUGUGUAUAUAUAUAUAUAUAUAUAUAUAUAUAUAAAAUGUGUGUGUGUAUGCAUAUAUAUAUAUAUAUUUAUGAUGAGUGCAGGUGAUUUGUAUUAGUGCUAUAUAUUAUAUGCACAGGGUAAAGCGCACAUCGGCACUGAAUAACUGCUAUAUAUUAUAUGUACAGGCGGAGGCGCGCAGGCACUGUGCAUUAGUUCUAUAUAUUAUAUGUACAGGGUGAGUAGGGCAAGGGCACUGCAUCACUGUAUUUCUCUCUCUCUCUCUCUCUCUCUCUCUCUCUCACACUCACACAAACAUACACACACACACACAUAUAUAUAUACAUACACACACAAUACAUACAGGGUGCGACAAAUAGGACGGGCCUUGUUAUGCAGAUAUAUUUGCUUCUGGAUUUGCUGCUGUUACUUUGCACUGGACAGGAUGUAUAUAUUACACUACAGUUUGUAAGAAAUGACUAUUCUGUAUAUCACGGUUGUUCUAUAAUAGAAGACUUAUUAUAUUUGCUAAAUAUUUUACUGUAUAGAAAUUGCUGCUUUUCAGAUGUUUAUUAAUGGUUAUUACUUGAAACAGAGUAAAUUUGUUAAAGCUCUGGGCCUGUUCUCAGCUUCUUGUUUGUGACAAGAAAGUUCUAAAGUGCAAUAAACUGAUGAUUGAUUUGUUGGUUUCUGAUCUAAAAAAUAAAGCUUUAAAUAGAAAUCAAA